AUGGGUGGUCUAAUGAUGGGCGGCGCGUUGGCCAAUGGCCGAUGCUGUUUGGCCUCUAGUAGCACGUGGGUGAGUGUGAGUGCUCCGAUGACUGGUAGUAUGGGCUCCGACUACCUGCAGAACGCUUGUAGCGGAAGCAAUGGUUUCCUUCAGGCUGUAGCCAACCUCAUCGGCCAGUGUCCUGCCAAUAACGCUGUCCUCGGGAUGGCGUAUCAGAACGAGGCGCACAGCACCUCAGCUCUGAACUCAGCGUAUGUAGCGGCUCAGUCUGCUUUCCGGUCAAACGUCGACGCUGCGAUGUGCAGUAACAAUUACUCGGGUUUGUUGUCACUGUACCAGGCGGUGUACAAAUUGGCAGGGGCCGUCAUCCCUCACAAAUCGAGCGAAAACGAUGGUGUCGUCGAGUACCAGAGCUGCGCUGGAGGUCUUUCCACUUCAAAGUCUGGAAACAACUACGCCGAUACCUUCUACGUGACCGGGCUUAACCACGACGACACAGCCUUCCGGAACGGUGACGCCCUCAUCGUGAACUCGCAAAAGCCUGUCAAGUGGUUUGAGUGCCUGCUAUAA